AUGGGUGUAUGUGGCAGGAAGGCGUUGACGCUGCUCAGCAGUGUGUUUGCUGUGUGCAGUCUGGGUUUGCUGGGCAUUGCUGUCAGCACCGACUACUGGCUCUACCUGGAGGAGGGCAUCAUCCUGCCCCUUAACCAGAGCACAGAGAUACGCAUGUCCCUCCAUUCAGGUCUUUGGAGGGUCUGCUUCUUGGCAGAAUGGCCUGUAGAUGGCACACUGCUGCCUACUGGGCGUUCAGGACAAGAGAAGGGACGUUGUUUCACCAUUGAGUACGUCAUGCCCACCAACAUCCAGAUGACCUCAGAGUCAACAGUUAGUGUUCUGAAAAUGAUCCGCUCAGCCACACCUUUCCCACUAGUCAGCCUCUUCUUUAUGUUCAUCGGUUUCGUCCUGAACAACAUUGGUCACGUCCGCCCCCACCGUACCAUCCUCGCAUUCGUCUCUGGGAUCUUCUUUAUUCUCUCAGGUCUUUCUCUGGUAGUGGGUCUGGUAUUGUAUAUCUCCAGCAUUAAUGAUGAGAUGCUGAACAGAACAAAAACAAAUGAAGCUUACUUUAGCUACAAGUAUGGCUGGUCCUUCGCCUUCGCUGCCAUCUCCUUCCUGCUCACUGAGGCAGCAGGUGUGAUGUCUGUCUACCUGUUUAUGAAAAGAUACACAGCAGAGGACGUGUACCGGCCUCACUCCAAUUACUACGGGCCACGCCUCAGCAACUGCUCUGAUUACUCAGCUCAGUUUCUUCAUCCAGAUGCCUGGACACGAGGACGGAGUCCCUCAGACAUCUCAAGUGAGGCCUCACUCCAGAUGAGCUCCAAUUACCCUGCCCUGCUGAAGUGCCCCGAGCACAUGUCCUCUUCCCCCUGCUGA